AUGGUGAAUCAUGAAAAUUCUAUACAGAUGGUAAAUGAAAUCAUAAUUCGACCAAAAGUAGACGAAUUAGAAAAUGAAAAGGCUAGAUACGAAUGCCCUUUGCCGUCUUGUACAGCCACAUUGAGAGGAAUCGGUUUUGUUCCAUCACAUCUGAGAAAAGUGCACAAUGUAGUGAUAAACAACGAGGGUACAAAUUCUGAUUCAGACAAUGGAACUUGCUCUACUUUGCAAUGUUUUUGUCCAAUACUAUCAUGUAAAUACAGUGGCCAAGGAAUGGCAGACAGACAUUUCACAAGUUUGAAGCUUCUCCGUCAACACUUCAUGAAAGUUCAUGCAGAGAAAAAGUACAAGUGUGAGAAGUGUGGACUGAGCUUUGGUCUGGACCGUGAUAGGCGACUUCACCAGGGGAGGUGUGGACAAAUAUACAAAUGCACAGACUGUGAGGCAGAAUACUCUACCAUAGAGGCUCUCCAGACACACUGCUUACGGAACAGGCACAGGCGUCCCCCAAAACCUCCCAAGAUAGCUGAGGAAAAUGUGGACAAGCAGAAGGAAGAAAAUGCUCCUGCCAAUCACGGUACCUCAAUUUCCACGCAGACAUCAGGUGUAGGUAUGAUGACCCCAUUAUCGUCAAUACCAGUGAUUCUUGUAGAGGUUACCCCCAAAACUCCAGUGGAUAGAGAAAUUCUCACAAAAUCUUUGUCCAUGAAGCCAAUUUUACCCAAACCAUCUGUGAAAUUAAUAGUUCAACAGCAAACUCCUCCGGUCUCGAAUGUAUCCCCAUAUGGAGAGACUGGCACAGAAAGUGAAAGUCCAGAGCAACUUGGGGAUUUUUCAUCUCAGACAACAGAGAUAGGUGAUAUUUUUAAUGGAUCUGUAUCAGAAGGAAUACAAACCUCUUUAGGAGACAAGAAUUUAGAAUCGGGGGAUGACGUACCAUCAUUAUUGGAAAAAUCAUGGUCAUCUACAGGUAUCCAGACAGCAAUAACAUUUAAACCUCAAAGGAAGAAGCAGCUAGGCACUGUCGCACAGACCCAAACUUCAGGAGACAUCAUCCUAAAAAAAGCCAUGGAAUCUGCUGACAUCCCAAUACAGAUGGAGUCGGUAGGGACCCAGAUGACUCCACAAUUAAAAGGACAAAGCUUCAAGAGAAGAACAUGUACAACAGAGACUCAGACACAGAAUGAAGGUCCAUCCAAACCAAAGAAGAGGAGAAAAUCUCUGUUAAAUGUUUUUAUGACAGACUCCAUAUCUCAGACAUCAGCAGAAAGUAAUGCUGUAAAAAUGGAUUCCAUGUGUCAAGUGGAUAAUUUCAAACAUUUCACACUGGUUGACAUCAGCAAGAGCUCAACAACACAGGCAGCUCAAACUGAAAAAUUCAUACGAAUCGACACAAUGUCACAGACUAAAGAACAAAUGCAAGAGGGACCACAAAGCUUGAAAAAGAAAAACAAUGUUUCUCAAAAUGGACAAAAUUUAAUAGAAAGAAAUGAAAAAUCUUCAAGAGCAACAGACAGUAGCUCAAAAAUAAAUCACCAGAUCUCAAAUACAGCAAUUCAGUACAAGACAAGAAUUACAACCCCUGGAGAACAUCCAUUUUCAGAUGCAGAGACUGGACCAAUACUUAGUGUUACUGAAGAACAAGGGGAAACAAGUGAAGAAAGAACUGUAUCUCUAACAGACUCAUCAACAAGUGCUGAUACUGAUUCCUCCUCCCUGCAGGUUCCUAAGUCAGAUCUGAAUAUUCCCAAUGAGAAUAGGGUCCCAGUCCCAUCAACAACUGUAAAUACCGAAUCCACCUCAAUACAGGUUUCUGAGGCAGAAAUUCCAUCAAAUCUGAAUAUUCCUAGUGAGAGCAGGGUCAAUGAUAUGGGAAUACAGACUUUUGAAGCUGAUUUUGAGAGCUUUCUUCUUUCACAGUGUGAUAAUUUGGAGAGACCAGGACAGACUGAGACCCAUGUUCAGACUCAGAGCACAGCUACAGACAUUGAUGUGUUGUUACAGAUGACAGACAAGGAGACCAACCCCCCUGAAAUUUCCAUGGAUACUCAGACACAAACAGCAGACUUAGAUAUCAUUGAUUCCUGGAUGAACCACAUGGAGACACAGACAUCAACAGACCCAGCAUUUAACUCUUUCUCUUUUAAUGAUAUUGAAACACAGACUUUGCCUGACCUGUCUUUAGACACAUCGGAUGAUUCCAGUUUCAUGAAUGAAUUUUCUCUGACCAGUAUCCAAACUCAAACAAUGGAAGAUGAUUUAUAUCAAAGUCUCUCAACCCAGACAGACAAUUUCCUAAAUAUGUUUGAUUUUCCCUUGACUAGCAUCCACACACAGACAAGUGGGCAAAGUGAUCAUGCUUCAACACAGACUACUCAGUCAAACACUCAGAUGACUGAGAUUGGAGUAGGAAGUGAUAUUGCAGAUGUGAUUUACUCCUCCAACACGGAGACACAGACAACAGAUCUUGGACUGUCUGAUACUCACACACAGACUGCCUGGGACAGCCUAGAUAAUCUGCUUAGGGAGUUCCAGAAGUGACUCCAUAUACACAAUGUCAAAAUAAUACAUUGUAUCUUGACUCCAUAAUCAUAGUUUGUGCAUUUGAAAGGGAGGACUAAAGCCUGUUACAUUCAUGAGACCUUUACAAAGCUGUGUUUCACAAAAGAACAUAAAGACCAAGGUGAAAAAUAUUAUGUACCCAGAGUCUUAAGAUCUUUUCUUCUUUACAACUUCAUGAGAAAACAUAUGAAUUUCUUAUUCACAUUAAAAUCACAAUGAAAUGAAAAUGAACAAAAUGAAUUUAAAGUCUUAGUUGAGGGUUCUUUUGUAAAAUAGGCUCCAGAUUCCAAGCAAGGCUUUAAAUUGUAAGCCCCUUUACCUUCUUAUGCACAGUCAUACAUGCAAUGUAUCGUAAAAUUCUAUUAAAACAUUCAGCACAAACUGAUUAACAUGGACCUGAUAUUAAUUACUUCCAUGUAUACUUGUUUCAAAGAUUGUCAUUUUGUAAAUGACUUGAGAAUGGAAUGAUUUUUUUUUUAUGUUAUAACUGAUUUUAUACAUGUACAUGUACUGCAUUUAAAAUUUGCAGUAUUGAUAGCAAACACUUGCCAUUUUUGGAGUUGUAUUUCUUGGUUAUGUUGUAAUUACUGUAUACAGAGUUAUUUUUACCCUGUUUUUUUUGUUUUUUUAUUUUGCUGUUUAUCAUUUACAAACAAUUUUGCCCUGUUUUAAAUU